CGACCUUGGCUCAGCCUGCGGUAUAUAAGCGGAGGGCUCCAUCACAGGGCACUUAGGUCUCCAGAUCGGUCGUCUACCUUCUGCAUCAUGAAAGUCUUGGUUGUCCUGUGCGCUGUGCUGGCCGGGUGCCUAGCUAAGCCCUACCUGGGUUACAGCCUCCCCACCUCCUACAGCUACAGCACGUCUGUGGUCAGCGUGAACAAGCCCGCUGCCGUGGCUUAUGCCGCCCCCGCUGCCGUGGCUUAUGCCGCCCCUGUCGCACCCGCCGUCGUCGCCGCCCCUGCCCCAGUGGCAUACUCCGCCCCUGUUGCCCCUGCCGUCGUCGCCGCUCCCGCUCCAGUAGCUUACGCCGCCCCAGCUCCCGCUGUGGUCGCCGCCCCCGCCCCCGUUGCGUACGCCGCCCCCGCCGUCGUCGCCGCCCCCGCCCCUGUUGCCGCCAAGAGCCAGUACCACGCUCAGAACGAGCUCGGUGAGGCCUCUUACGGACAUGCUGAACCCGGCCAGACCCACAACGCUGUCCAGGACGCUCACGGCAACAAGGUCGGAAGCUUCAGCUACGUGAACCCCGCCGGCCAGGUGCUGAGGACCGACUACGUCGCUGACGCUGCCGGUUACAGAGUCGCCUCCAACGCCCUGCCCGCCGCCCCCAUCUACGCCGCUCGCGCCGUCCACGCCCGUCGUCGCCGUAGCGCCUGGAACGGACCGCUGGCCUCCCCCGUGGUCACACCCAACGGCUUCCUCGCCGACACGCCCGAGGUCGCCGCUGCCAAGGCCGCGCAUUUAACCGAGGUCGCUAAGGUAUCGACUCCCUCCGGCUACGCCCCCGGACCUUACAACGGCGCACCCGCCUACAACGCCGGCCACAACCACGCCUACCAGCAGCCCGCCCCUUACAACGCCGCCCCCUACAACCCCGCUCCCGCCGUCAGCCCCUACGCCAACAACCCCUCGGUCACCAACCAGGGUUACCUGGCCGACACCCCCGACGUCGCCGCCGCCAAGGCUGCUCACUUCGCCGAGGUCGCCAAGACCAGGACCAACCCCGGCUACGGACCCGAGUCCUACGAUGACGGAUCUUACAGGCCCGAGUAUGACAACCCCAACUACGGAUCUCCUGCGGCCGCUCCUCAGUCCUACGCCGCCCCUAACCACUACGCCCCCGCCGCUCCCGCUCACAACCACUACGCCCCAGCCGCUCCUUCUCAUUACAACGCUCCCGCUCCUUACAACAGCUACGCCGCCCCCAGCCCCACCGGCGGAUACCACGGACCCCUCGCCGCCCCCCAGGUGACCGCUCAGGGAUUCCUGGCCGAGACCCCCGAGGUCGCUGCCGCUAAGGCCGCUCACUUCGCCGAGUUCGCCAAGGCCGGAACUCACGGCCGUUACCGCCGUAGCGCCGUCCUCGUGCAGACCCCCGCCUCCACCGCCCCCCUGGCUGUUCACGCCGUAGCCCCCGUCCACGCCGUCGCCUACUCCGCCCCUGUCUACAGCUACGCUGCCCCCCACCACUACAGCUACCUGAGGGCCCCCUCAAGCUUCGCCUACUCCGUGAGGGCUUGGUAGAAACCGGCGCUCUGCGUCGCGACGCCGCCAGAGUCAGAGCUAAGAGACCCAGCUGGACUUUCUCGGCACUUCUAGUCCUCCCUGAGUUCCAUCGCCCACCAUCCUUUUUUAGCAACCAAUCAAAAAAACCUUCAUAAAAAAUAAAAUAUUUUUUAUUUAAAUUAUCUUUAA